AUGGCAGGGGGAGCUAUUGCUAGGGGAACUGGGGGCAACAACCUCAUUGCGGAAUGGAUCCAGGGCAAGGACGAAGCACUUUGCCUUGGUGCACCAAUUGAACAAUCACGGAUCUUGGCCCAGGGCAACGCGACACUAAUAAUGCAAGGACAUGUGGCGUGCCAUUCGGGAAGAAGCUUAAAGACGCCUAUCAUAUAUACCGAGGACCAGUUCGCGCAUCCGAUAUGGAAUCGACCCAUGUGGACGAAUAUCCCAAUUGCAGCCUCACCAUUACGGCGAAUGCUGACUGAUGAAAAUGUUCUACGACCCGGGGCGUCUUGGAUUCGUGUCAAGAGGGGCUCGGUGUAG